UGUAUCGCUCAGGUGGGAAUGGUGAAGCCCUGUCACUUGGGUAAACCUGUAUCAGCAACUCUGGUUGCUGCCAGAAACCAGACCCAGCAGAAGGGACUGCCCAGUCAGCCUGUCCCCCCUCUGCAUCAGACCUGUGAGCUCUACCUCAGCAUGCUGGAGCCCAUCGUGGAGGAGGACGAGCUGAAGCGCACAAAAGAGCUGGUGAAAGACUUUCUGAAAGCAGGAGGGGUCGGAGAGAGACUGCAGAGAGGCCUGGAGAGGAGAGCACGCAACACUGAGAACUGGGUGAGCUCAAGAUCUACACCA